CCCCCCUUUCCAAAUCCCCCCCUUUCGUCCAGCCCGAGAGAACCUGAGCUGCAGCCCAUUUUUUUGGUGUCCCUCGCACCACGCUGGAGCAGAGAGGGCGUCACUGGCGGGCCCCCGAGGUACCGCGCCUGCCUGGCAGUCGCAGUUCUGUCGCGCCCUCGCGCGCGCUGGUCUGGGGACCCACAGAACAUACACCACCACCACCACCACGUUCGCGCGCGAAGUCGGCCAGAUCCUGCCAACGUGAGCCAUCUAAUCGACCCACAUCGUAGCACAUCGCUUCCCGCGCGGUGUGGCCAGCAAGCGCCCGCUGCGAUGCAUGGGCUAUAGGACUUCUCGGUGCGCGCGUCGUCAAAAGGGGUGGGGGCGACGCACGAGGAGGAGGAGGAAGGAGGAGGAAGGAGGAGGAGGAGGAGGAGGAGCAGGCGACUUCCAGCCCGACGGCAUCGAGGCCGCGAGCACACGCGCCCAGGAGGGGAGUGGCAGCGGCCGAGAGCGCAGACCGGCUCGAGGGGCGGUGGAGGCGAGCCGCACGGGGGAGGCGUACGCAGGCAGGCCCCGCGAGCAGCCGCGGCAGGUGAGCAAGUCUCUCGGAAAAGUGAGCAGGAGGAGGUCUGGGAGAGGUGAGGAGGGGGAAGAGGGCCAUGCGCCCGUGGCAAACUGCGGGAGCAGUUCCAGAAACACACCGUGCAGGCAUGUUGCCUCAGUGAUGCAUCCCAAAAUUCUGCAGCACGGCCCUCUGAUUCCUGGCCUCUGGAUCACGGUAGACGUAGACGUCGUUGAGCUUAUCGAGCGUCGCCGCGGCCUCGUUGAUGGACUCAUCGCUGGGCAGCUGGACAAACGUCUGAAGCGUGGUACCACGCGCUUCAUGCACGUACGACAAGAUAACCAUAGUCAGGGAAUCAUCGACCUCUGCGUCCAUAACAAAAUAGUUAGGAACCCAGAGCUCAGAGAAAUCCUUCUUCCGCAAUUUAUCAUCUCUGAAAGAAUCAAUAUACUCGGCGAUCUUGCCUUCGUCCAGAUCUUUAGGAAUGAUACCCAUCAUUGCGAAGAUCAGAUUGACGACGUCCGUCAUGCAACCCUCGACGCCGUAAGCCGCGAACGCCUUGCUAAGCCAGCGGAAGGCGUGAUGCUCUAGGGUUACGGUUUCACCGUCCGAGUUCUUGGUCUCUAUCUUGCGGAGCACGUCCGAUGCCUCCUUGUCGAAUCCGAAGUUGUCGAGAAGGUGGUCAAAGUGCAGCUUGUGCGCCCAUCCGUCGCCCGCGUACCUGUUCACGAAGGCUGUCCAGGCACCAUGAUCUGGAACAUCCGCCGGCUUGAGAUCCAGCAGAUCUUUGACGAAACUCUCUAGCUUGUCUAUGGCGGCCCCGUUCCUCUGGGCGAUGUCGUCUAUGCUGCGCGCAGCAUUGACAAGGUCGACGACUUUGGGCAUCUUGCUCUGGACUACGCGGUUGAGAACAUAAGAAGGUAUUCUGCACGAAAGCCUCUGUGCAAGAGCUCUCAUAUCGGCGGGCUCGAAGAUCUUCAUCACCGAGUUCGGGAUGUUCGGCCCGUAGACUGGCACGUUGAUAGACAGAAGCGACUUCGGCAGCUCCAUCUUCUUGCUGUUGUUGAAAGGCGGCAUGGAAGCCUUGAUGUUCAUGGCUUCCUCGUCGACCGCCUCGGGGUCCGUGGACAGCAGCCGCGCCAGCCACGCGCGUCGAGCUCCCGAGACCGUCGGAGUCUGGUGAUUGCUCCAGAACACGGCGAUCGUCGACGGGCUCUUCUCCUGCAUUUCCGGCAGGCCGAAGUCCGAGUCUUCGUAGAGCCAGUCGACGAAUGUGCCAACGGAGAUCUGGCCGUUGGACUCCUUGGGGGUCACGGACACGAAGACGUUGAGGCCCUCGUCCGAGAUGAUCGCCGAGCUCGGGUCCAGCUGCCGGAGGAGGCUCUUGAGAUUCUCGGCGGUGACGUACAGCCCCUCCGGGUCCCCGGCGAGGCGGCUGAGCUGCGUCUUCAGCCGCCCCACCAGCGGGGAGCCCAUCCGAGCAGAAGCCUCCCCAGCUCAGCGCCAGGCCAGGGCCAGGGCAGCGGUCAGUCCGUGGGGGGGGGUGCAGCCAGCGGCAUCGGCCGGCGCGGCUUGAGCCAAAAUGGUUACGGACGAACCUGAGCUGCAGUCGAUGUAGCGACUGCUCCCCGAGAUCCACUGGAAAAUGGAGGAAGGAGGACGGGGCAGCCGACAGGCCUCAAUUUUCUGACUGUAGCUAUCAAGCGCCCAAUUCGACUGCCCAUACUGCGCACUGGGGCAAACCCCGCCAUGCUCCUCCCGCCUGUUGCUGCUCAGGUGGUGGGGUCGCUCCGCCAGGCGUGCCUUACUGUCUUGAAAUGCCUCGGCGGUCCAGUCAGGUGGGCGAUGAAACACAUUGGGUCUUGCGCGAGAUGGCCCAGCGGCCUUACGCAGCGGCUCACGCGGGCCGCCAGCGUGACACGCUACACUGGCAGCGAGGGCGCUCACGCGCGACGCUGCGCGAGCAACCUGCGCGCCGGUGUCGGUGAACACGACGCCGUUUGUCUGCGUCGCUCGGUGGAGCACCGCCGUCCAAGCCAGCCUGCGGGUUGGGUCGAGCACCGCAUCCAGUCUAGCGGUUUGGGGUUCG